GAUGGCCAGCAGAGGCGCUAAUUACACUACUGUAGACACCGUCCAGUAUUAAAUGGAUGGAUGAUUAUGGCAGAUCCACAUCUGUGGUUAUAAACCCGGUAAUCUAAUCCGGGACACACACGACGCUUUAUUCUAUAACGCACACCAGGAGUUGUGCUGCUUUAUGUGAAGCUGCAGGUCGCACACUGCGACCUGCAGUGACCAGUAGCGCCAGUAUCGGAGUUUUCCACGGCCGUCGGCACCGACUGGCCAUGCUGCGGGAACAGGGCGGGUCUUAGGACCCGUGCUUUCAUUCCUCGUCGAAUAACAAAAAGUUAGGGGGGUGCUCGGCGUGCUGUCGACGUGCUACACAGCAGUCAGAGUGUGUCAAAGUGUUUGUGGUCAGCCCCCUUUGCUGCUGCUGCUGCCGCUGUGCUCCCAUUGCAGUGGUGCAGCAGCAGUCAGCUGCAGGGCUGUGUGUGUGGCUGUGUGUGUGUGUGCGCGAUCUGCCGCUGGGUGUCUUCACUACUCUGUGGCUGCAUUGUAAACAAAAAGAGGCUAGUGUAGGCUGGUCCGCCCGUGCUUUCCGGAAACGAUGGUGCAAAACACGGGACACACCUCGGGUCAGCAGCCGAUCCAGCCUCACACCUAGCGCAGAAGCCCGAUGAGGUGCCCGUCUGUGAACAAAAGGCAGCGAAGAGAGUGACUCAAGCAGGCACCGCGCGUCCGAGCGGGACAACCCUCUGGAUCCGGGGCUCGAGCACGCACCAGCGCUCUUUUUCUUUUUUGUGGCUCCGCUGAGACCCUGAACGUUGCAAGCUGGCCCAGGCCACACUGAUGCUGGUGGGCACUGGCCUGUUACUCUCCCUGCCACCUGCUUCUCCACAGCUCCCACUUUUUGAGCCAUCAUGGCUAUGAGCAGUGACGCUGGCUGUGAGAGGUUGGACCCGAACUCUUCUACGCAGACCAGUGGUCUCACGGACAUCAUGGCCGCCAUGACAACAAAAGACUCUGAUGGCUCAGCCGCCAGCGGCGCGAGGAACGGUGGCUCCCAGCAGGAUGUGGCUCAGGCCAAGCGGCCUCUUCCAACGCGGCCUCACCUGACUGGGAGGAAGCUGUCUUUGCAGGAGAGGACGCACAUCUCCCCUCGCAGGCCUACUGUGGAGUGUAAACGGGUGUCCAUAUCUGACUCCCAGGACUGUAUCCAGUUGAACCAGUAUAAGCUGAAGAGUGAGAUUGGAAAGGGCUCCUAUGGUGUGGUAAAACUUGCCUACAAUGAAGAUGAUGACAAACAUUAUGCCAUGAAGCUGGUGUCCAAGAAGAAGUUAAUGAAGCAGUGCGGGUUUCCUCGUCGCCCACCCCCAAGAGGACCAAAGGUGGCCCAGGGGGAGCAGCCCAAAAUCUUAGGACCCCUGGAAAGAGUCUACCAAGAGAUCGCCAUACUCAAAAAACUGGACCAUGUCAACAUUGUCAAACUGGUGGAGGUGCUGGAUGAUCCAUCAGAGGACAACCUUCACAUGGUGUUUGAGCUGAUGCGUAAGGGCCCAGUGAUGGAAGUGCCCACAGACAAUCCUUUGUCAGAAGAACAAGCUCGCUUAUACUUCAGAGACGUUAUCCUGGGUAUCGAAUACUUGCACUACCAGAAGAUUGUCCACCGGGACAUCAAACCCUCUAACUUGUUGCUCGGGGACGAUGGCCAUGUGAAGAUUGCAGACUUUGGAGUCAGCAACCAGUUUGAGGGCAACGACGCUUUGCUGUCCAGCACUGCUGGCACUCCGGCUUUUAUGGCACCAGAGACACUGUCAGAUACUCGCAAGAGCUUCAGUGGAAAAGCACUGGAUGUUUGGGCCAUGGGAGUUACCCUCUACUGCUUCGCCUUUGGAAAGUGUCCCUUCAUUGACGAGUACAUACUGGCUUUGCAUAAUAAGAUAAGGACCAAGCCUGUAGAAUUCCCAGAAACGCCAAAAACCAGUGAAGAGCUGCAGAAUCUGAUUUUACAGAUGUUGGAUAAAAACCCAGACACCAGGAUCACCAUCCCAGAGAUCAAGAUGGACCCGUGGGUGACCCAGGGAGGUGCUGACCCCCUGCCCCUGGAGGAGGACCACUGCUCUGUGGUAGAGGUGACAGAGGAGGAUAUCCAGAACUCGGUCAAAUUCGUUCCCAGCCUCUCUGCAGUGAUCUUGGUAAAGGCCAUGCUGAGAAAGCGCUCCUUCAGUAACCCUUUUGAGUGCCCAAGCCGGCGAGAGGAGAGGUCCAUGUCUGCACCUGGUAGUCUGCUCAUGGACUCGUGGCCCUUCCGGCCCUCUUUUAAACUUCAGCCCUCACUCAGGAAGGCUAGCACGGGCGAUGGACCCAGAGAAGGAGAGCUGGAGGACCUGCAUGAAGAUGAGCCCUCCUCUUGAGUCCUAAUGACCCUCCUGUGUACGCAGCAUCCUCUUUAUAUCCACUGUGUGCUUACGCCUUCAUUCACACCUUUUCCUCAAAGUGGUCACACAGUGCAAACGUAUCAUUCUGCACCUGAAACGCAAAAACACGAGUUUUUUUGUUUUGUUCUUUGGGGAGAAGUUUGUCAUGUGACGUACGCGCUUGCUUCUGCGCCGUGGAGCUUCUCGGUUUUAUUCACCGUCUUUCUCGUCUCAGCAAGCUGAUGCGAGGAACACAGGCACGUCUGUGGAUCAUCACCGGUUUAUUUUACAGGCCUUAAACUGUAUUAUAGCAAAGACAGACGAGUCUUUCCCAAUAUGCAUGGCGAAUAUUUAGACCGCAUCAUCAGCCCGUCUGCCGCCACCUCACAGGAGGAAACAGACUCCAGCAUGUAAAGGACACUGUACUGUCUAAGUGAACUACGAGGCUUUUAUUUCAUCAGUCACUGUAAUAUUGUACAUACAUGUGGUAUCUGCUGUGUUAUUGUGAAGACCCUUUAAGCAUAUCUGUGCCAACCUUUAUUUCGAAGCAGGUCCUUCCUGUGCUGCCUUCAGACGCCUCGAUCGACUGCAGACAGAAAGUCGACUGUCUGAGAGCGAUCGCAAGAGUGACUGCGAGCUGUGUGUAAAUCUGUUAGUGUCCUUCACGCUGCUGCUCCUAAUGUGUCAUCUGCGUCAGUCUGGUGAUUUUGGUUCUUGUUUCUUUGAUGCUCUGCUGUUGGACUGGAUGUGUUUGAGAUUUUUGGAUGGUGAGAACAAACAUAGUGGAAAAAUGAUGUUAUUCUGUAUAUAAGCACUGUUACGAUUUAUAAGUUAUUUAUAAUGUUAAUAUUAUGUAAAAUUCUUGGAUGCAGAACUGAUUUUAAAGCAUAAAUAAUCUGUGUACAAAUGAAUCACUGAGUGCUUUGUAGAAGAAAUGAAUCACGUUAUUAUAUUAAGGAGAAGCGUCUGUACCCAAAUCAUUUUAAUGUGAGAUUAUGCAUGUACCUUUACACUCAGGAAAAACUGACCUGUUCUUUUUCUUAACAAUCUCUGUCACCUAUGAAAGUAAGGAAAGUGUGCUUCAGAGUUUCAUGACAAUCAUCAAGUAUCAGAUACAUUUACUUUCCCCUUUAGCUCUGUCUAGUGGACCCUGCAGAACUGUCAUUGCUACGUCAGGCUGUUCCCCUAUAAAGCCAGGCAACCCUGAGAAAGAGCAGAAAAUUCAUCCAGAAGAGCUUUAGGCUGACUUUGGAUAAAGAGCAACAGACAUAGGAGGUGCUGGAGCAGUGGGUUGAACGCAGGGCUGCUGUUUGUCCAUCCAAAGCUAAUGGUGUCAUGGUUUGACUUAAUGUUUUCAUUUUGUUAUCGCUCUUGUUAAUUUGAAGUUUUGGUUGGCUUUGAGAAAAGGGCCGUGUAUUUGGGUUGGCUAAUUAAUGGGAACACAUAUAAGUAUAAUAAUAAUGUGGCCACUGCAACUUCGUUACUGUUUCUUGUAAAAGUUGACAUCUGCUUACACAAGUGAAGAGGAAGGGAAUAAGAAAGAUAUAAAGCAUGGCUGUCCAUGAACGCAGAAUUGUGUUCUUGUGAUUUGCCAUUUUAUUUGUUCAUCUUUGAAAGAGUUGUGGUACAUUUUUAAAUGUUAUUAGUUGGUGUAGGGUGGUUUUGUGCUGGGGAGGACUGUGUCGUUCCAAAGCUGAAAUGUAUCACUCAGCCUCCACAAUUGCUCCCACCAGUGCAGUCCAUAGACGCUAACUGAUUUUCCCGGAUAACCUGUCCAAGUUCCAACAGUAGAUGCUUAAUCACCUGUGUACAUGUCAACCCUCUACAAAUGUAAGCAUCGUGGAUAAAAGAAAGAGAACCGUGUCCAUUUAAAGGUGCUCGGUUUAAAAGCAGGACGUGACCUUCUCGGUCUCAGGGACACUUCUUUGGUUGUCCUGGUGUAUGAAAGCACGUUCAGCCGGGUGAGUGCUCUGAUCACUGCAGAAGGAUCACUUCAAUGUUCCCCAUCCUCUUCAGAGUUGUCCCCUGGCUGGUCGUUUCCUCAGCAGCAUCCUGAUGCUAACUGAGGCACAAGGCGAGCAAACAGGAUUUCACGCCGUGUUGUUCAGCCAGUGAGUUUAAUGUCCACAGGGACAUAAAGUCAUAACUGCUGUGACGUCAGUCAUAAACUUUAUUAUCCAUCUUAACGUUUUGACGUUCAGCUCUAAAUGAAAGCGGCGCUGAUGUGCACAGUAACCUUUAAUGAAGGCAACCAAAAAGUGUCACAUGAUGUGUUCUGUGUGACGUCAGCUGUUUAAACUCUCAUCCUUCUGAUUAUCUCGUUUUUAUUCUGGGUGUUGGUGUUGUGCUGGACGUUUGUCGGGGUCGAAGGUACUUUAUCGUUGUCUUUACAGCUCGGGCCUCUCGACCUUUAAACCUGUGUUUUUGUUUAUGACUCUGCUUACAUUCAAAUAUUUGCACUUUUCCACUUAAAUAUGUAUAAUGUCAUUAUUGUGAGUACUUUUAACACUACUGGCGGCCAUUAAACACUGUACAGUUUA